AUGACCUAAAGCUAAUAUUAACACAGUGAAUCCUGUGCCCCAUCAUUGCGUCCUAUAUAUGGACAGAAAUCCACUUUCACAGGCAACAAUUCACAUUAGAAGAAGAUUCACAUUAAUUAUCAGCUCACACAUCCAUCAGGUGCCAAACAGGUUGGAUUUUGUGUCAUAAUGGCGUCUAUGGUGGUUCAGGUGAUGGGUUUGUUACUGGGUGUCGUCGGCUGGUGUUUGGAGUCCAGCAGCACAAACUCAGCUCUGUGGAAAACGAGCAGUAAUGCAGAUGCUGUGAUUACCAGCAGUUCGAAUUUUGAAGGACUUUGGCUCACGUGUGCAUCAAACUCGAUGGGAGCCAUUCAGUGUCAGAGAUUCAAAACUGUGCUGGGCCUUGCAGGAUAUAUUCAGGCGUGUCGUGCUCUGAUGAUAAUUGCUUUAGUCCUGGGUUUGCUAUCCAUCAUUCUUUCUUUAUUGGGACUGAAGUGCACUAAACUGGGCAGUACGUCCGAGUACACUAAAGGCAAAUUGGCUCUUUGUGCAGGAGUGAUGUUCAUCCUCUCCGGUGUGUGUGUUCUUGUGGCUGUAUCGUGGUACGCUGCUCGAGUCGUUCAGGAAUUUAAUAAUCCUUUUUAUGGAGGAACAAGAUUUGAAUUGGGCAGUGGUUUAUAUAUGGGCUGGGCUGCAGCAACACUGGUCAUACUGGGUGGUGGAUUACUCUGUACGUCCUGUAAGACAAAUCCAGCACCAGCACAAACACAGGGUUACAGUUAUAACUACACUUCACAGCCACAGAAGAUCUACAGAACAGAUGCUUCAUCGGAUAAAAGCAGUUCAAAAGCUUAUGUCUAACUGUGUCCUUUAUUGUUUUUCAUACUUUUUUGUUAUUAAGGGCCAAGCACUAAAGGCCUGUGUAUGUUAGGUUUAUUAUUUUGUGUUAUGAAAGGGGUUUUUAUAUAGGGACUCGAUGUGUUUCACCAUUUACAGGUGCUGAAGAUUUGAGGGCAAAGACUGAUUUCAUGUAUUAAAAUUUACGUCAUUUUGAAUUGACUUCACAGAAAUAACCAUUUAGAUACUGGGUAACCCCCGGAUAAGCUUAAAGGAUGUAUAUCAGCACUAUAUAUCACUGACACAAUGAACAAGAAUACUAGUAAUGUUGUUGACAGCAUCACCUGCUGGUCAAAAGGGAAUAAGUUAACAGUAAAGUUUUACUUCAAUUUUAUGUUUCUGUGAGUUUCUGUACUCAGCAUUUGUGCCAUUGGUGUGCUUGGUCUUGUAAACUGUAUUUUUAUUAUUUGCAUCUUAAUGCUCCUCACACCAGAGCAUGUAAAGUUUGUAUGAAUUGUCUUAAUAUGUUAUAUAAAUGUUACAUUGACACUCGUGGUUUUUGAAAAGCUCUUUUAUUUGUGGAAAUAAACUCAAGUCACUAACA